AUGUCCCCAUAUCAACUGGUGUAUGGUAAGGCUUGUCACUUGCCAUUAGAGUUGGAGCACAAGGCCUCCUGGGCCCUUAAAACACUGAACCUAGAUAGCACUGUUGCUGGUGAAAAAAGGGUCCUGCAGCUUCAAGAAUUGGAAGAAUUUAGAUCUCAAGCCUAUACCAAUAUCUAUAAGGAAAAAGCAAAAAGGAGACAUGACCUCAACUUGGUACCCAGAAGUUUCGAAGAAGGGCAACAUGUGCUUCUCUACAACUCUAGACUGAAACUCUUUCCUGGGAAACUUAAAUCAAGAUGGUCGGGACCCUUUCUAGUCACAAAAGUCUCACCUUAUGGACAUAUAGAAAUAAUGGAAGAAGGCUCAAAGAGAAGGUUCACUGUGAAUGGACAAAGACUCAAACACUACUUGGGCAGCAUGGGGGAGACCCCCAAACAGAAGUACAACCUCAACUAA